UGUGUCAAAAAAGUAGGACCAUUGUUUAUUAAAGAUGUCGGUUCAACCUUCAGACAUUCAGAACUUUAAAGCUUGGAAAGGAAAGAAAAGAAAAAGGAAAUUUGUGAAGAAACCAAAGAAAGAAAUUGAAAAAGAGGAAACUGUGAGCUUGGUUGAUCUUGAUACGACAAAAGUUGAAAAGUUUGAAGAAUUUCCUUUUGCUACAAAAACUAAGGCAGGUUUGCGAAAAGCUGGUUUUGUGUCACUAACUGCAAUUCAGCGAGCUGCUAUUAAACCUGCGAUGCUUGGGAAAGAUAUUUUAGGUGCAGCGAAAACUGGCUCAGGCAAAACAUUAGCGUUCAUUAUUCCAAUAUUAGAAUGUUUGCAUAAACAUAACUGGAAUUCGUUGGAUGGCCCAGGCGCUUUGGUGAUUUCCCCAACACGAGAAUUGGCGUUUCAAAUAUUUGAAGUUUUGAAGAAAGUUGGCGGGAAACAUAAUUUUUCAGCUGGUUUGCUUAUUGGUGGGAAUAAUGUGAAAGAGGAAGCUCAUAGCGUAGGAAAAACUAAUAUUAUAAUCUGCACACCUGGGCGCUUAUUGCAGCAUAUGGACACUACCUCUUAUUUUCAUAUGAAUAACUUGAAAAUGUUAAUACUGGAUGAAGCGGACAGGAUAUUGGACAUGGGUUUUAAAACCACGUUGGAUGCAAUCAUUGAAAACCUUCCUAGUGAGCGGCAAACUUUGUUAUUUUCUGCAACGCAAACGAAAUCUGUUAAGGACCUUGCCCGUUUAAGUUUGCGGGACCCUGCCUAUAUUUCUGUUCAUUCAGAAGCAAAACAUUCAACUCCUCAGGGUUUAACACAAAGGUUUAUCUGCUGUGAGCUUAAAGAUAAAUUGAAUGUCUUGUUCUCAUUUAUAAGAAACCACCAAAAAUCAAAAUGCCUGGUGUUUGUGAGCAGCUGUAAGCAGGUACAGUUUAUAUUUGCUGCAUUCUGUAAGCUGCGCCCAGGCACACCGAUGCUACAUUUACAUGGCCGCAUGAACCAACUGCGCAGAAUGUCAGUUUACCAAGAGUUCUGCCGUAAAAAGUUUGCAGUUUUAGUGGCGACAGACAUCGCAGCACGAGGUUUAGAUUUUCCAGAGAUUGACUGGGUAGUACAACUCGAUUGUCCUGAAGAUGCCGACACUUAUAUCCACAGAGCCGGACGUACAGCUCGAUAUAACGGUAAUGGGAACUCUCUCCUUGUGCUGACGCCCACAGAGAAAGAAGCAAUGCUGAAACAUCUUCAAAACAAGAAAGUUCCGAUUUUGAAGUCAGAAAUCCAGUCAAACAAACUUGGUAAAAUUGACAGAAAACUUCAAUCUUAUUGUGCAGAGGAUAAAGAAUUUAAAGAGAAAGCACAAAGAUGUUUUGUAGCGUAUAUAAGAUCCACAUUUCUAAUGAAAGAUAAAUCAGUGUUUGAUGCAAUGAAGGUCCCAUUUAGUGAAUUCUCAAGCUCUCUUGGUCUUGCUAUUCCACCUAGAGUUAGGUUUUUAGAACGGAAAAUGAAAUCUCUAAAAAUGAAGGAAAAUUCUGCUGUAAAUGAUGAAACGAAAUCUUCUGAGUUUAACUUUAAUGAGAUCGAUGAUGAAUGUGAUCUUAUUACUGUAAAGAGGAAGAAUGUAUUUGAAGAGGAGGAAGAGACUUCUGAGGUGGAGGAGUUUGCUCCGGAUGUUGCAUUGGAUCCUGCGAAGAAGAAAAGAUCGAAAGCUGCGGAAGCGCGGAGGUUGUUGAGAAAGGGGAUGCGAAUGAAUCAGAAGAUUAAGUUUGGGGACGAAGGCGAGGUUGCCGAAGCGUUUCCUCCACUGCCUCCUAGUGGUGAGGAUGGAGAUGGUAUUAACAUUGAGGAAGCAGCGAAAGCGAUGCAGGAGGCGGAUGUAAAGGAUCGUGAAAAACAUCGGUUGAGGAUCAGGGAGCGGCAUCGUAAGAAGAGGUUGGAAGCCAAGAAGGAGAGAAGAAGAUUGCAAGCUGAGUUGGAAGGGGGGAAACAAGUUGUUAUUGGGGGUGAUGAUGACAUAGGUGAUGAUGACAUAGGUGAUGAUGUCAUAGGUGAUGAUGUCAUGGGUGAUGAUGUGAUAGAUGAUGAUGAUGUCACAAACACUGUUGCAUACUCGGAUGAGGAGCAAGAAGAAGAGCAAGAGGCAAAACACCGGAAGUUGAAUACUGGGUUUGGAAGCAGUUUAGAUGAAGAUGAAAUGCUUGCUUUGCAUUUGUUAAGAAAUAAAUAGGAAUGUCUUUGUGUGUGUUUGUAGGAAAUGUCUGAAACCGUUACUUUAAUUGUGGAACUGUUUGAACUUACUCGCAUUUCGUUAACCAAUGUCUUAAAACAUUUUAAAAUUAACGUCAUUGUUUAACUACUGUCUUAAUAUUGGUUUCUAUUUGCUCUGAACAG